UCGUGGUGGUGCCGCCGGCAACAAGCUGAAGAUGUCGCUCGGUCUUCCUGUUGGAGCCGUCCUCAACUGCUGCGACAACUCCGGUGCCCGUAACCUCUACAUCAUCUCGGUUAAGGGCAUUGGUGCGCGCCUGAACCGUCUCCCCGCCGCGGGUGUCGGUGACAUGGUCAUGGCCACUGUCAAGAAGGGAAAGCCUGAGCUCCGUAAGAAGGUCAUGCCUGCUGUUGUCGUCCGUCAGAGCAAGCCCUGGAGACGGCCGGACGGUAUCUACCUCUACUUCGAGGACAACGCUGGUGUUAUCGUCAACGCUAAGGGUGAGAUGAAGGGAUCCGCCAUCACCGGUCCCGUCGGUAAGGAGGCUGCUGAGCUCUGGCCCCGUAUCGCUUCCAACUCCGGUGUCGUCAUGUAAAAAAGGAAAUCCGAAAAUUGAUAUGGAUGGAACGAUACCAGCUGGGCUUAUGGGUUGCAUAUGAAUUUAAAGCAAUUAAAAAAAUGGAAAAAGGCGCUUUGAAUUUAUCCCUUUUUUAAGCAGCCAUUUCAUGUUUUCCUUUUUUUUUUUUUUUUUA